AUGAAGUGCUUCGUCUGCGUUCUUGCCCUAAUCGCUUUGUUGACAAAACCGACACAGGCAACUUUCGGCAAGUUGGGUCUGCUUGUUGGUGGUGGAGGCGGUACUAGCUAUGGCAGUGGCUAUAGUUAUGGCGGCGGCUAUGGUGGUGGUUAUGGCGCCAACUAUGGAUAUGGCGAAAAUAAUGUCAAAGUAGUUAAGGUGACAGUUGUUCCCAGCACCAGAAGCAGUUAUGCCAGAUCCUAUGCUGGUGGUUCGUAUGGCGUUGGUUCAUAUGGUUAUGGUGGUGGAUAUGCUGUACCGGCCGUAUCUACAAUUGCAGCUCCUGUUAGCACGGUCACAACACCAGUUAUUACUGCAGUUACUACACCCGUUGUGACCCCGGCAAUUGGAACAACGUACGGUGUUGGGUCAUAUGGUGCUGGAUCUUAUGGUGUAGGUGUAUAUGGUGCUGGAUCUUAUGGUGUUGGCUCAUAUGGUGUUGCGCCCUAUGGUUCAUACGCUGGUGCUGGAUCUUUUGCCGGUGGAUAUUAUGGCGGUUCAGCUUCUUAUGGCCACAGUAUUCCAGCAACAUAUGGUUUCGGUGCAGGUUAUGGUUACGGUGGUGGUUUUGGUUUAGGUUUUGGACCAACUGUCGGUUAUCCUGAUUGUUUCUAA